GUCUACAUCAAGUCUGAAAGCAGACGCUCAACUUUCGCAGAAUCCACCUUAAAAUCUCUGCCUUAAACUGCACCAGCCCCCAAAAAAUCCAAGGGGGGAAAGCAAGGGGGGGAGAGCAGAUUCCCCCUCCCCCUCUCCUCGCCCUCCCCCUUCUUCCUCCCUUUGGGUUAACAAGGCCCCGCUCACUAUAUCUCUUUAUAUUAAAUAUAUAUAUAAUAUAUAUUAGAGAAGAGCGAGGGAGAGGGAGAACCACUUCCACCCCCCUCUUUUUAUUUUUAUUUUUUAUUUUUUUGCAAGGAUCCCAAGAGCUAAGGUGGCUGCAGAGGGGAGAGCCGCGCGAGCCAAGUGGGGGAGGGUGGAGGAAACCCGGGAGAAGGCUCUCUCCAGCCCCCAAAGUUUUGAUGAUGACCAUGACUACGAUGGCUGACGGCUUGGAAGGCCAGGACUCGUCCAAAUCCGCUUUCAUGGAGUUCGGGCAGCAGCAGCAGCCGCCGCAGCAGCAGCCCGCGCCGCCGCCGCCGCACUCGCAGCAGCCCGCGCCGCCGCCCGCGCAGCAGAGCUCCCCGGCCAUGGCGGGCGCGCACUACCCGCUGCACUGCCUGCACUCGGCAGCCGCCGGCUCCCACCACCACCACCAUCACCACCACCAGCACCACGGCUCGCCCUACGCGGCGGGCGCGGGCAACUCCUACAACCACCGCUCGCUCGCCGCCUACCCCUACAUGAGCCACUCGCAGCACAGCCCUUACCUCCAGUCCUACCACAACAGCAGCGCGGCCGCCCAGACGCGCGGGGACGACACAGAUCAACAAAAAACUACAGUGAUUGAAAAUGGGGAAAUCAGGUUCAAUGGAAAAGGGAAAAAAAUUCGGAAGCCUCGGACCAUUUAUUCCAGCCUGCAGCUCCAGGCUUUAAACCAUCGUUUUCAGCAGACUCAGUAUCUGGCCCUUCCCGAGAGAGCUGAACUGGCAGCUUCCUUAGGACUGACACAAACACAGGUGAAGAUAUGGUUUCAGAACAAGCGAUCUAAGUUUAAGAAGCUGCUGAAGCAGGGCAGUAACCCACAUGAGAGUGACCCCCUCCCAGGCUCUGCAGCCCUGUCACCACGCUCGCCAGCGCUGCCUCCAGUGUGGGACGUUUCUGCCUCUGCCAAGGGCGUCAGUAUGCCCCCAAACAGCUACAUGCCUGGCUAUUCGCACUGGUACUCCUCUCCACACCAAGACACAAUGCAGAGACCCCAGAUGAUGUGAGUUAUCAGAGGGAACACUAGGGGAGCGCCUAAACAAGACAAGGAGGACCCUAGACCUGCUUGUGUUUGCCAAACCGAGCCAAAGGAGCAGGCUCAAGAGAACUUGUAUGUGUGGCCAGAAGCUGGCUGGGAUCUCUCAGCUCUCUCCCUGUCUCUCUCCAUCUCUCUCUGUCUCGGUCUCUCCCCCCACCCCCUUUCCUGUUUUACCCCCCUCUCCUCCUCUUCACAAUUUUCCGUAUGUUUCGUUCAUUCUUUCUCUUUUCCCCUUUACUUUCCUGUCCUUUCCUCAACUGCCUUCCUUGAGCAACCUUAGUAAUUUAUCUUGCAUUUCAGAAAGAGAGAGAGAGAGAGAGAGAGAGAGAGAGAGAGAGAGAGAGAGAGAAGAAGAGAGAGGAGAGACUAGUUUUUAUGUCAGCGCUCUGAAAACCCCUCAUUGCAAGGAUAUUUUCCCUUACCCCUUGAGAUUCAGGCUCUGAGCCUCCUCUUCUAUUUGGGAGUAUCCAUCAAAAUGACUUUUUUACAGACAUUUCUCCCCACCAGAAGAAUCUGCACAAACAUGGCAGCAUUUUUACUUGUUUAAUGAGCUUAAGACAUUUCAUGAUGAAAAAGAAGCAUUUUGGAUUCCUGCAUUUUUAUUUACUAAUCUCAGACUGAUAAAAAAGAAAAAGAAAAAUCCCUCACAUAACAACCCUUCUCUAAAGAAAAAGGAAAAAUUGGCUGUAAAAUUAGAAUUUCCACAAGAGGAAUGCUGCAUGUUUUAUCAAAAUGCAAUGACCAGAAAUGAUGAUUCAUUUAAAAUACAAACAACAACAAGAAAAAGGCUCUUUCCCUACCCCACCCCCAAACCUUGAACUGCAAUCAGGAAAGACAGAGGAAACAAUCAAAAUCACCAUUCUGUUGCUCUGACACCUUUACUAGGUGAAUUGGUGGCAUUCACUAAGCUAAUAGGGACGUUUGUAUCAAGAAACAUUUCUGUAUAUAUUGUUGAAUUUUAGUUGUAUAUAUACUUUGUAUGUUUUUGUCUUCUUUCAUAUAUGGAGUAAAAGCCACAAAAUGC